GUCCCCUGCCGCCGCCGGCCCCGCGGUCGGCGCGGGCCGCAGUCGCUCGCUGGGCGGGGCGCCUUCCCGCGAGCGGCGGGCGCCGGGGCAGCAGGAGACGCCCGCGCCGGAGCACACGCCCCAGCGGGGGCACGGCGCCCCGCGGUGGCCAGCGUCGCCCGCGGCCUCAGGCGCCCCAGAGGCCACGCUCGAGCGACACCGAGACCUGGGCCUGGAG